AUGGUGGACAAUGAGGCCAUCUUUGACAUCUGCAAGCAUAAUCUUGGUGUGGAGCGUCCAUUUUACACCAAUCUGAACCGCCUCGUUGCCCAGAUCGUCGUCUCAAUUACUGCCUCUUUGUGCUUUGAUGGCGCACUCAAUGUGGAUCUGACAGAGUUCCACACCAACCUGGUUCCUUACCCCCGUAUCCACUUCCCCCUGGUCACUUAUGCUCCCAUCAUCUCAGCAGAAAGGGCCUAUCACAAGCAACUCUCUGUUCCUGAGAUCACAAAUGCCUGCUUUGAACCGGCUAACCAGAUGGUAAAGUGUGAUCCCAGGCAUGGCAAGUACAUGGCCUGCUGCUUGCUGUACUGUGGUGACGUAGUGCCCAAAGAUGUCAACGCAGCCAUCGCCCAUAUCAAGACCCGGUUCAAGGUCAACUACCAGCCGCCUGGGGGUGAUCUGGCCAAGGUGCAGAGAACUGUGUGCAUGCUGAGCAUGGAGGAGUUCUCUGAGGCCAGAGAGGACAUGGCUGCUCUGGAGAAGGAUUAUGAAGAGGUGGGGGCAGACUCUGGUGAUGGUUGUGAGGCGGAAGAGGAUGAAUACUAA